CCUGUUCUCAGGUGGAUCCUCUGAAGGCCAUGGAAUCCUCCACAGGGUCCAGGAUGCCUUUGCUCAAAUACUGCAGUGUGGCCACGAGCCUCAAGGCCCCUGGCUGGGACAGUGCUGCUCCACCCUGGGACCUCUCCUUCACCUACCCUGUUGCCCUCCAAGCGCCCUGGCUCACCGGGCACAAGCCCCUUGCAAGCUACGCCUCUUCUUGCCCGUGUCUCCACAUUGCCAACCCAGCAUGUGAGGGGCCUGGCUGGCUGGGAAGAGCUGGAGAUGCUGCCAACACAUGGGUCCUGGCAAGAAGGGAAGCAGACAGCUUUUACUACAGGGCUCAAAUAAAGGCUGCUCCCGAGCUGGAGAGGCAGGGCGCCCUACUUGUGGAAUUUGAGGCUCCUCUUGUCGCAGGCCCAAAGCUGCCAGCCCAGCAGCAGAGCGUGGUCUUAGAAGAGAAUGUCAUUCCACUCUCACCAUCUGUAGGAUACUCACUGAGACCAGGGGACACAGUGCUGGCACUCUGGGAGCCAGGCCGACAGCAGUAUGGCCCUGGCACUGUUCUUUUGGGCUUGGAGACCAGAGGUCCCCAGAGAGCAUCAAAGGGAGAAGAAAUCACUGUUUAUUUCUGGAAUGGCAAAACCGCUAAAGUGCCCAUAGGUGGGGUCCAGUGGGUGUCCCCGGCCAUCUGGAAGAAGGCUGUGGAGAGGCUGCACAAGCCUUUCACCAGGGAGCACCCCAGGCCCCUCCACUGGGCCCCUUGCUGCUCUGUGCUGGGGCCAGUCACUGGGUGCCUGACCAGCGAGCUUCCUCCAGGCACUCCAUUCCUGCAACCUCUCUGCCACCCUCAUGCCUGCUGCCAGCUGCUGUGCCAGGCCGGCCUCUGUGGCUGCCCCUCAUGUGGCACCACCUGGUGGCCUCUAACUGGGACCUCAGAAGUCACAGCCAAAGAACUUCCAGAGUUGGAGGUGGAGCCCACAGCACAGCUUUUGCCCCUGGAAGGUCCUAAAGAGGAGAAAGUAGCAAGGCACACUCCUCUGGCUGUUUCUUCCUCCUCGUCCUCCUCCCAUGAACAAGAUGAUGUGGAGAAUUAUCUGGAGAUGGGCCCUCCCCAGAGACUGAUGGUGAACAGUGCAGUCAACACAGAUCCUAUCCUUCUUGAGACACCUCUGAGGCAGAGUGGCCUCUGUCGGCCUGGAUGGAAGUACUGGAGGAGAAAUGGGCCUGAGCCGCACCCUGGGAAGCCAGGACCAAGAUAUUCCAGCAUCUGGAAAGAAGAAAAGGAUCACAAGCAGCAGAGAGUACAAACCGUAGUACUGGGGACUACCAGGGAGCUGGUCUCGAAAGCAACCAACACGAAGCCACCGCAGACCCUGCCAGGCAAAGCUGAACAUCGAAGGUGGAGUCAGAGCCCUGCAAUAUGUCAGUGGAACAAGAAUUCUCCUUAGACUAAGAGCGCUGAGGAUCUAGGUAAAGAAUAAAGACAGUAAAUACUUGAGGACAGUUAUACAGAGUGGCCAAGGCCUUCUUCAAGGGAAGGAGGCAGAGGACAGGACACAGUAAUAGUCAAAUAACCAGCAGCAUCUCUACCCCAUGAAGACCUCCCUACAGAUGAGCAGCAGGAAGGCACCUGCUGUGAGGGGCACAGGAGUGUGGGGGCCCUGCCCUGGGGCUUCCUGCCAGGGCCCUGGUGAGGCUGCUUUAAGAUGCCUCUUCCAUGGAAGAGGGGGUCAGCCUACUUUGGGCAAAUGUGUCCAGAGCUACUCUGCCACUUUUCCAUAAAGCCUACAGUUGUACAUGAGUGACAUUUUGUAUUACCUUUUAAUAACAAUAAAAAUGAAUUUGAAUUCUCUUCA